AUGAGCCAGCAGACACACAGCAGAGACCAUUGUCUCUGCCCUCUGGACUCUCACAAUGGAACAGGGGCUAUGGAAUUCAUCCUGUUGGGACUCUCAGAUGAUCCACAAGUUCAGCUUCUCAUCUUGGGUCUCUUCCUGUCCAUGUUCCUGGUCACCAUCACAGGAAACUUGCUCAUCAUACUGGCCGUCAGUUCUGCUUCCCACCUGCACACCCCCAUGUACUUCUUCCUCUCCAUCCUGUCUGUGAGUGAUAUUGGUCUUGUCUCCUGCACUAUCCCGAAGAUGAUUUGGAAUAUUCACCUUCACAGCAGAACCAUCUCUCAUGCAGGCUGCCUGCUUCAGGUGUCUCUUUUUAAUUUCUGUGCAUGUUUUGACAGUGUCAUUCUAGCUGCAAUGGCCUAUGAUCGGUUAGUAGCUAUUUGUCACCCCCUGCAUUACCCAGUUAUCGUGAACCCCCGUGUCUGUAACAUUCUGGCUCUGGUGUCUUUUUGUGUCAGCCUCUUGGACUCCCAGGCUCACUUCUUGAUGAUUGUGUCACAUACCUUUUGCACCCGUGCAGAAAUUCCUCACUUCUUCUGUGACCCUCCACAAGUCCUCAGACUUGCCUGUGAGGAUACCUCCACAGAUAACUUAUUAAUGUAUUUUAUUGGUGCUCUUCUUGGUGGUAUUCCAAUAUCAGGAAUUCUUUACUCAUAUAUUCGAAUUGUUUGUUCCAUCUUGAAAGUUCCAUCUCCAGAUGGGAGGUACAAAGCCUUCUCCACCUGUGGCUCUCACCUAUCCAUUGUUUGCUUGUUUUAUGGAACCGGUCUUGGGGUUUACCUUGGCUCAGCUGUCUCACAGUCUCUCCGGAAGGGGGCAGUGACCUCAGUGAUGUACACAACAGUUGUCCCCAUGCUGAACCCCUUCAUCUACAGUCUGAGAAACAAAGACAUCAAAAGGGCCUUUCGUAAUAUUCUCCAUAAAACAGUCUAA